UGUUGUACUUCUCGUCGCCCCGUUGUCGUUGUUCCUCCAUUAUGGAUGCCGUAUUCGUGUUGCUGUUUUCCAUGAUCGCAACGAUCUCCUGUCAAUCCCCUAACGGUCAAUACCAAUCACCCCAACAAGCUGCAAUUUUGAGCGAUGCGAGGUAUUUGGCUGGGGAUGGAACUUUCGGCGCCGCUUAUUCGCAAGAGGAUGGAGUCGAGUUCAAGGAGGAAAGCGACGUUUACGGAAAUCGUCGUGGCUCUUACUCCUAUGUGGAUCCUACCGGUCAAAGACGCACAGUGACGUAUACGGCUGGUAAAAAUGGCUUCCAGGCGACAGGCGACGGCAUUCCCGUCCCACCCCCGCAAGCCCCGCCACAGCCAGAGUACGUGCCUCUGCCGCAAUACAACCCACCCGAUUAUCAACCGCCGCGUUACACACCAUCCUCUCAACAAUAUCAACAACGAAGUCAACCAGUGUACGAAGUGCAACCAGAACCUCAGCCUCAGCCUCAAUUUCAACCUCGACCAGCUUAUCAACCCCAACCGCAACAGUACCAACCAAGGCCUCCUCAACCACCACCGGAAAUCCAAUCUAUUCCUUCGUACAAUUCUCAACCGCAAUAUCAACCCCCUCCUAGACCAUUGCCGCAAUACAACGCGAUAACCACGCCACCCCCACGAAGGUUUUAUCCACCUGGAAAGCUGAACUUCAACAGGACUCCGGAUGGUUACUCUUACACGUUUAGCAAGAGCUAAGUAGAAUGUGAUUGAGAAGGAGAAGGAGGGAGAGAGGAAAUAAGGAUUGUUUUUUUGUAGGAUUUUGAAAGGAAAAAAAUUCUGUAAAUUUUAUUAUGUGAGAUAUUAGAGAGAUUAUUUUUGGAAAAUUUAUUUUUAAAUUUAGAGAGAAAAUUGAUUAUUGGUGAUUUUGUAAUUUUCUUUUUUUUUUUUUGGAUGUAGAUUAAUAUUGAUUAUUUUGAAAUUAUUUUUUGAAUAAUGAAAGAUGAAUAAUUGGAUUAUAAUUUAAAAGUUUAUUGAUUCGUGAAUUUUUUUUUCAUAAGAAUUUAUCAAAAUUAAUAAAGUAUUAAAAUCGUGAGAAAUUGUUAUGUGUAUUAUAAUGUAAAUUUUUGGUAUAUUGUAUCAUAGCA